CCCUGGGGGGUGGACAAGCCAGGGUGUGGGGUCCGGUGCGGGGGCGGGUGGCUUCCGGGGGCCCCCAUUUUCCUGUUUUGGGAAGGUGCUGGUGGCUUUUCCUAGUUUGGGCUACUGAUUUUGCUGGGGCCUUUGCAGGCCUGUGGUUACAAGUCUUCCUCUGGGCUUUGGGGCUUGCUUUGGGGGGUUUUUUGUCUGUGUUUAUUUUUACUCCGAUCUGGUAUUGUGUGCUGUGAUGCCCCGUAAGGCGAAAGAAAAGAAAGGGGGGCGUCCCGUUCGUCCGCCUAAGAGGCCUGCACCCCCUCCUUCUUCCUCAGAGGAGGAAGAUGAGGAAAUGGCUCUUAUUCGUGGCUUAAUCACCCGUAUGGAGGCGCUGGAGAAGGCGAAGGCUGCUCCUUCUGACCCGGGGGCCGGGCCUUCUGGCGGGGGUGGGGCUCCGCCUCCCAAGGUUCCCCGGCGGACCAGGGGGUCUGCCAGGAGUCAGCUACUAACGUCUAUUUCUAGCAGGUUGGAGGCGCUGGAGAGAGGAUUGAACCCAUCAGGCCUGGCCCCCCCCGGGGGGCCGGAAGCGCCUUCUGCUCCUGAGGGACCAGCCCCGGCUCCGCCUGUUCCUGUGCUGCCAUCUCCCGUGGACCCGGCUCCUGAUGUUCCUGCGUCAUCGCUGCCUGUGCCUGUCGCUUCGGUUGGACAUCCGCCUGCAGAUCCGGCUAUGCCGUUGGUUCCGGGUGUUGGGGGAUCGGUGGCUCCAGUACGGAUCCUGUUGUGCGGCCACUCGCUGGUCUUUUGGGCCUUCAAGCGGGCUAGCACGUCUCGUUGGGGAUCCCAGCUUGGGUUUGGAAGACGGGCUGCUGUGUACUGGUUGGGCAUGCGUGGGAUGCUCUGGAACCAGCUACUGCCCGCGCUUAGGGAGCACUUAGAUAGAUUUUCCCCGCCCGACAUCUUGGUUUUGCAUUUAGGGGAAAAUGACCUAGGCAAGCGGACUGGCCUGUCUAUUGUUCAGCAGGCCUCCUCUGAUUUGUCCUUAUUGCAGGAAUGGAUGCCCGGGGUGCUUAUUCUCUGGGUUAAUUGGCUGCAGCGUAGGGUGUGGCGGAAUGCCCGUUCGGGGCUUUGUCUAGAAAAGGCUAGGCGCAAAGCUUCAGCCGCAAUUGGGAAACUUGUGAUAGCUGCCGGUGGUGCUGUAAUACACCACCCUAAUGUGGUGGCUCGUCUUCCCGAGUUAUAUCGUGCCGAUGGGGUUCACCUUUUGGAGCUUGGUUGUGAUCUAUAUUUAGGUAACAUACAGAGGAGGCUUGCUGAAUUUUUGGGCAGUGGUGGGGCAGGGAGGUCAAGCGUGGGCUAACCUCCCUGGGUGGCGGUAACAGUGCGGGCUGAGGGGUAAGCAAGGUAUAGUAUCGGUGAGCACCCUUGGAUAUUUAAAGGUGGAUUGGUUAAUCGCUCCUUUGUUGCCUGUGCGGCGCGGGGAGUAAUUGAUGGCCAUGAAACCUGCUCCAGGUCUUCACCAUCCUUUGGGCUGCGCGGUCCGGGGGGGUGAAUACCGGGAGCUGUCCAGGUCCCCUCUUCUAAGGGGGUGGUUGGCUUUGAUGGAAUAGGGCAGGGCGUGCCUGCCCCCUUUCCGGAGCCAGGGUGUGUCGCCCAAAGUGGCAAUGGGUAGGAUGAGGGUAAUCCUAGCCCUUGCCUAGGAGCCCGCACUGUUUCGUUGGUGAUUCAUCACCCACUGUUCAGUUCGCCUUUGCUGGUUGUUAAUUAAUUAAUAAAGAGUGGCCCUUUACCCAUAAAGAAUGUCUAAGUGUCUUCUUGGGCCGGGGUCUGGGGAAAGUUCCCCUCCCCUCUGCCUCGUGCUGCGGGGAGGUCCUUUUCCCCAGCCCAGCUCAGCACGAGGACCAAGAAGGGUCCUGAUUGGCUGGCCGGGCUUGGUGGGCGUGGUUUCGGCCAAAAACGGCCGUUCCACGCUCUGAGCCGACCAGUCCUUUUGGAUUGUCCCCUCCCUCCCUUCCCUGGUGCAGAGCGGGUCUAGAGAUUGGUCGCCUCUGGGGCCGAGUAGGAAUUUUUUGCCCUUAACCGAUUGGCCAUGGUUGGGGGUUUUUUCGCCUACUCCGUUCUGUAUUCAGUGAGUAGUUAGGUUUUAGGUUGGCCACGUUAGCGGUAACAGUGCGGGCUGAGGGGUAAGCAAGGUAUAGUAUCGGUGAGCACCCCUGGAUAUUUAAAGGUGGAUUGGUUAAUCGCUCCUUUGUUGCCUGUGCGGCGCGGGGAGUAAUUGAUGGCCAUGAAACCUGCUCCAGGUCUUCACCAUCCUUUGGGCUGCGCGGUCCGGGGGGGUGAAUACCGGGAGCUGUCCAGGUCCCCUCUUCUAAGGGGGUGGUUGGCUUUGAUGGAAUAGGGCAGGGCGUGCCUGCCCCCUUUCCGGAGCCAGGGUGUGUCUCCCAAAGUGGCAAUGGGUAGGAUGAGGGUAAUCCUAGCCCUUGCCUAGGAGCCCGCACUGUUUCGUUGGUGAUUCAUCACCCACUGUUCAGUUCGCCUUUGCUGGUUGUUAAUUAAUUAAUUAAGAGUGGCCCUUUACCCAUAAAGAAUGUCUAAGUGUCUUCUUGGGCCGGGGUCUGGGGAAAUGCUUCACUGUUUAAUUUCUGUCUUCCAUGCAGUUGCUAAAGGCAGAGGAGACCUGCCUCAAAAGCAGGUGUCUUACAUAGUAAAUAAAUAGGAUUGCAGAGGAAAAGAUUUUCUUCACUUGCUGUAUCUCUGGGUAUUUCUUGGUUGAGUUUGUAUUUCUGAGGUUUCCUAAUGCAUCACCCUCCAUUUCCCAUUACUGAGCCAAAAUAAAUUUGUUUUGUGAAAACUGCAGUGAUGCUAGUAGGAGGAUUGUUCAUGCAAAAUUUGGUAUCUGUAGGCGGUGUC